ACUUCCGUUCUUUGUUCUGUCCCCGGUGUGUGGGUCCGAGACAGGGUCCAGCGGGGCCUGGCCUGUGUCCGGCCCCCCAAAUCUCCCGUCCCUGCCCCCAGGCCACACAGCACUGACAUCAACUAAAGUCCGAAUUCCCAGGAACUUGAACAAGCGGCUGCCGCAUUCCCAGUGACUGGUCAUUUUGGCCUCUGGGGACCAACUCCAAAGAAGGAAGGAAAGAACCCAGCAGUGCUUCCUCAUUCUCAUUCAAAACCUGCUUCCUGCUGAGUCCGAAGAGAGGAGGCCCAAGACGAGCGCCCAGCCCGACCCAUGGAAACUCAGGCUGAUCGAGUAUCUCAGGAACCGCAGGCCCUGCUUGACAGUGCGCUUCCUUCUUCACCAGUUCCUGCGUUUUCCGACAAGGACAGCCUUGGGGACGAGAUGCUGGCAGCUGCCCUCCUAAAGGCCAAGUCCCAGGAGUUGGUGACGUUUGAGGAUGUGGCUGUGUACUUCAUCAGGAAGGAGUGGAAGCGUUUGGAACCUGCGCAGAGGAACCUCUACAGGGAUGUGAUGCUGGAGAACUAUGGGAACGUGUUCUCACUGGAUGGUGAGACGAGAACUGAGGAUGAUCAAGACAUUUCUCAAGAUAGAGGAUCCCAUGGGGUGCUAUUGGGAAGAUUCCAAAAGGACGUUUCUCAGGGUCUUAAGUUUGAAGAAGCCUAUGAGCAAGAAGUCAGUCUAAAGAAGCAGCUCGGGCACUCCUCUGGUGAAAGACUGAGUAGAAAAAUGCAAGAUUUUGGUCAAGUGACAGUUGAGGAAAAGUUCACCCCCAUGGAAGCGAGAACUGAGAAGUGUAACCAGUUUGGCAACAGCUUCACUGUGAGUUCCAACCUUGUUUCACAUCAGAGACUUCCUGUGGGAGACAGACCUCAUAAGUGUGAUGAAUGUAGCAAGAGCUUUAAUCGAACUUCAGACCUUAUUCAGCACCAGCGGAUCCACACUGGGGAGAAGCCCUAUGAAUGUAGUGAGUGCGGGAAGGCCUUCAGCCAGAGCUCCCAUCUUAUUCAGCAUCAGCGGAUCCACACUGGGGAGAAGCCCUACGAAUGCAGCGACUGUGGGAAGACCUUCAGUUGUAGCUCCGCCCUCAUCCUGCAUCGGCGAAUCCACACUGGGGAGAAGCCUUACGAAUGCAACGAGUGUGGGAAGACCUUCAGCUGGAGCUCCACCCUCACUCACCACCAGCGAAUCCACACUGGCGAGAAGCCCUAUGCUUGCAAUGAAUGCGGCAAGGCUUUCAGUCGGAGCUCCACCCUCAUUCAUCACCAGCGAAUCCACACGGGGGAGAAGCCCUACGAAUGCAGCGAGUGCGGGAAGGCCUUCAGCCAGAGCUCCCACCUCUAUCAGCACCAGAGAAUCCACACGGGGGAGAAGCCCUACGAAUGUAUGGAAUGUGGAGGGAAGUUUACUUACAGUUCAGGCCUUAUUCAGCAUCAGCGGAUCCACACUGGGGAGAAUCCCUAUGAAUGUAGUGAGUGUGGGAAAGCCUUCAGGUAUAGCUCAGCUCUUGUUCGCCAUCAGAGAAUUCACACUGGAGAGAAGCCUUUGAAUGUAGUGGGCAUGAGCAAGAGUUCUCUCAGAGUUCCUGCUGAACUAAACAUCCGGGAGUCCACGUGAAUGAACCACACACCUGUUUUCCUCUUCCUCUGAGUCCCAGGAGCCCUUGCCUUACUAUGUGAGUGUCAGCAACUUAGGAUGCGCCCCUUCCAGCUCCAGCCUUUCACUUGAGAAUGGGGCAGACUGGGAAAUCAUCCUGGAGCGGUGAUCAGCGACCUGGCCUGUUCCCCCAGGGAUGAUAGCAGCCUUGAAAACUUAGGAGGCAAGCAGCAGAUUAGGUGCUGGGAACAGGAGGAGGCUCUGGGGCCAGUAACCCCACGGUAAGGGAGUUUGCACUAAACGGUUUUGUCACACCAAGGAGCCUUUCUUUCCAAGGUGGGGUUGGAAGCACAAUGGGAGCAAAACUCCAAGGAUUCCACCAGGUGGAGUCAAAGCACAGAGGGCAGUGGACACGGUGCUCUGGGUCCCGCUGUUCCCUGGGAAGGGGAGAUGCAGGCAGUGUGUCGAAACUGCUGUUUCUGUUCCUAAACCAGCUUUAUAGAAAUGUGCUGUUUGGUUUAGUUAAGUAUGGAGGUCUAGGGCCGAGGGAUUGGCUAUUUUAUUAAGGAUUUUUUAUAUCUGUAACUGGUAAAGCUCUUGGAGCAGCAAGACCGUGUUUUGAAGAGCAACCUGGCGAUGUUGAAUGUAGAUCCAUCAUCCUUCCUGUUUGAUGGAACUGACCAGGGAUUGAUGUGAUCAUUGAGAAACCUGAGAGGGUCAGAAGCGUUUAUGUUGGCCUCUGAUUUCUGUCCUCCUCUCUCCCUCUUCCUGCUCCUGUGAAGAAAAGUGAUUUAAUCCCAACCCUUAGUUACUAAGGAUGCUUUCAGGAAACUCGCUCAGCCAGCUUGCCCUGCCCUCUGCCACCUCUGGCAUCUCCUGCCCCAGCAGCCCAGGGCUUUUGACUCCACCACCUCUGACUUCAGCAGCUGAGGAUGGAUGCAAACAGAGCAAAGCCCAGAGGAGGAAGGCUGUGGCCUGCGCCUGGCAGCAGGCUCCUUGCUGGGUGAAGGUGGGACUCCCUGAGUCCCCAGCCAAGGGAUGAUCCUCCUUUGUGUUUUCCCAACCCUGCUCAUCCUGUAGCAUAAAUGAAGUGCACUAUUAAACAGAGUAGUUUUUCAGAAGAGCUUGAGUGUGUUUUUUUGCAGGCACUGAAUCAGUUAAAACAGGACACAGUGAUUAUAAAUGGAAUCUGGAAAUUAAUUAUUAAAUUUUCUUUGUAGACAACCGCUUUUUUAUGAGCCACAAAACAGGUUUCCCUUUUCCCUUUAGGCUCCAUCAUCAUACUCCUUGAGAUAAUAAUACCGACUCUCAAAACCUCAAACAAUUACUCCUACCUUCACAUGCAUAUUUAGGAUCAUACAAGCUGCCGAUCAUUCUGUAUGGUACAGUACUUCUGGUGAACAGCUCAACUAGAAGUGUUGCUGGGUAUACAGUCCCUGGUAAGACAGUGCUUGGUUGUUGGAUAGCAGUAGGCAAAUUGAGAUUCUUGAUUUGGCUAUUUGUAGGAGGGUGUUACAGCCAUGAAGAAGGUGAGGUUGAAGAUUUAAUGGGAAGUUGAGAAAUGCCUGAAACCCUAUCCUUUGUGCAAAACUUUGGAUCACAUGUGGUUGGCCAUCUAACAUGUUUUUAAUUUCUGAGCAUUUUAGCUCUUUUAACACCGUCACAUGCAGACGGGCUUUGUUUCCCAACGAGUGGACUGCUGCUUGUUAGGAAUGCAGGUUUCUGACCCCAAAUAUGUAACACUUGCUGAGGAUUGAGAAAAAGUCAUACUGAGAAGGAAGAAAUAGUAAUGGGAUAGUGCGAGAAGAUCUAUAGGAGAUACACUUGAUCUAUAUAUAUAUAUUUUAAAAAGACAUUAAUUUGAAGGGCAGAGUUCGAGAUCUUCCAUCUACUGGCUCACCUCCCAGAGGACUGCAAUGACAGGAGGUUUGGGAUAAGCCUGAGUGUGGCCACUUAUGUGGAGUUCAUGUGGAAUCUGGAAAAAGGCUAAAUGAAUAGGACUGCUCCGUGAUGACUGGCCACUAUGUAGGAUGCACUGGCUUCUGUUCUACUUAAGUGCGGGGAGCACUCGGGCAGAAUGAACACACCCCCAAAGGAUCCCAUCCCGUAUUCCUUCAGAGGUUCUCAGUGGAGCCUAAGACUGAUCAGGGCCAUUAUGUGAAAAAAAAAUUUUUAAUGACUUUGAAAAUACAUCUAAACAUUUUACGCAGUUCCCCUACUGAUAUUUCCAUUUCUCAUGAUUCGUCUUGAUCCAUUAGUGGUCACUCAGUAUUCACUCAUGGUAUCAGUCUGUCUCUCUUUCUAUGCCAUUACAUUUAGAAUCCAUUUACUCCCAAGAGUUCGCCUAUCACUUCUAUGCAAAUAAGCCUUAAAUCUUGGGUCUCCAACAGAUUGCAGUGCAUUUACAUCUGAGCUUUUUAUGUUUUCAAAUGAUGCAUUUUAAGCCAGAUGCAUCUUUCCCAUUACCUCCCUCUCCAAAUUUCUGUGAACCUCUCAGUGUCCAAAACCUGUGAACUUUGCUUGUGAUUCUCAACCUUUUAGAUCUAACCAACAUCAAGUUGUGGGCAAGUGGAAACACUGUGUUCAGGAAGGUUUUGGAGUUGAGGUCAUGGAGGAGGUGAGAGUUCCAAGUGUUGAUGAUAGUGGCUGACACGUGGCCUACUGUGGGCCAGUCUUGCCUGCCUUUUCCAAGUGUCUUGUUUGUAUGAAAUCAUGUAGUCCUCACAACCACCUAUGAGGCAGGCAUGUGUUUUAUCCCCGCCUUCCAGAUGAAACAGAAUUGGACUUGCUCAGUUGAACUUGUGACAGUGAAAUAAAAAGACCUCCUCUGGGUUGCUGCACUUGGAGGUCUGGGCCACCUGACCUAGAUGGCUUGGAUGUGAGGUCCAGGAACGUGUAGAGUAAGCCUUGUCCAGGCAAUUGUCUUAUUAGGAUUCUACAAUCCCUCUCCUAGUUCUUUUCAUUUUCAUUGCUAACCUUGGAGAUAGAUCAUCAUUAUUUCUCCCUUAGAUUUUUUCUAAUGAGUUAAUACCUAUUUUCAUGUGAGUUAAUCUCCCCAAACCACCAUGCCAAUCACUCUGAAUAGUUUCAGUAGUGUCUCCCUUAACAGAAUAAAAUUCUGGCUCAAUCACUGUCUAGGCUCUCUGAGCUGCUCUCUACAUAUCUGUAAAGCUAUGUCUCUCUUUUUUUUUUUUUUAAAUGAGCAACUUCUUUUUAAAAAAAUUUAUUUUAUUUUAUUUAUUUGAAAGAUAGAGUUACAGGAGAGAAGUAGAGACAGAGAGGUCUUUCAUCCCUGGUUUACUCCCCAAAUGGCCACAACUGCUGGAGCUGGGCUGAUCUGAAGCCAGGCUUCCUCCAAGUCUCCCAGGUGGGUGCAGGGGCCCAAGGACUUGGGCCGUCCUAGGCAGCUUUCCCAGGCACAUUAGCAGGGAGCUGGAUGGGAAAUGGAGCAGCCGGGAUGAACUGGCACCCAUAUGGGAUGCUGGUGCUGCAGGCCGGGGCUUUAACCUGCUAUGUCACAGCGCCAGCCGGAGCCGUGUCUCUUACUGCUUCUCUUCACACAUCAAAUAACAAAAAUGGGGCUUCCAGACAGCCCCAUCGUUCACGGCCAUGAGUUUAUUCUCAUAGUAUUCUGUCCAUCUCUCCACAUCCAAUCAAUAAAAAUCAGAGUCAAAGUAGUCCUUAGAAACUCUGGUUUAACCUCCUGCUCAGUGUAGAAACUUGACAAUACCCCUGCCAGACUGCUGCCUGGUCUGUUAUGUCUUCACGGAUGGCAUAGUACAGUUGCACAAGGGCAGAGGCAGACAGUUCCACUGCUGAACAUCCUAAUCGCUGGAGACUACCUUGAGCUGAAUUCUGUCUCCUUGUAAAUUCCAUGGUUAGCUUCUGUUCUUGCCUGUUCAAGCCACACAGUGUAGUUACCUGUACACUAAGGAAUGGACAAGAUUUCCAAGGACAUUUUCAGGUAUAAUAAAGGAAUUUCAUUCUUAAUGUCUCCUCCCAUCCCAAAUCAUGCCUGUUCUUUUUUUAGAAGAUUUAUUGGGGCCGGCACUUGCAGUGCCAGCAUCCCAUUUGGGCGCCGGUUAGUGUCCUGGCUGCUCCACUUCCAAUCCAGCUCUCUGCUGUGGCCUGGGAAAGCAGUA